GAUAUCCAAGAUGGCGGCCGCGUCGGUCGAAGCCCACAACAUGGACGACAAGAAAUUCCAAUACUUCUCUUCCAUCAACUCCAUGGCCAAGAAAAUCAUGCAGGAGCGGGAGAAAAUAAAAAACAAGCACGGCUCGACGUGGGACAAAAUGUCGCCGCAGGAGCAGGACAACGCCAUCGACAACUGGUUGAUGGACCCGCACAUUCGAGCCCGAUACACCAUGCACCGGGUGGACCGGGACGAGGUGGUGUGCUACCCCAAGCUACUCAUCCAGACCGGACAGAAGAUCGUCCAUUUCGGGGAAGAGGAUAUUACAUGGCAAGAUGAGCAUUCGUCCCCCUUCUCAUGGGAAACCAAGAGCCAAAUGGAAUUCAGCUUGACACUGGGCCCCGACCAGGGAGUGUCCGUCUCCCAGGGGGACCCCAAACCCACAAAGACCCCGCACUCCUCUCAGCUUGGCAAGAGUGUAACCGGAGCCAAGGUGUCAGUGAGCGAGAGCAGGCGUCCAGAGGAGGAGUCCGCUUUCUGGAAGAUCAGCGCCGAGCGGUCACGACUGGAGGGUGAGAAAGCCGACUUUCAGUCGCUGACGCCCAGCCAGAUCAAGUCCCUGGAGAAAGGAGAGAAGCCGCUGCCCUCGUAUCUGCGCCAGGAGGCAUCUUUCCCCUCCAAAGAGCCGGAGUCGGACCCCCACCCACCGCCGCUGUCCAGGCCGGCCAAGCAGCGAGCGCCCAAGCCUCCAGCCCCGCAACCUCCCGUCGCUGCUCCCGCCGCCAUCUCCAUUUCGCCAAGCCCCGUUCCUCCGCUCAGCGUCACGGCGUCGGGAGCGGGCUGGGAGCGGUCGCAGAGCACCCUGCCGGUUGUCAGCUACACCGUGGAUGAGGUGUUCCCCACCCCCAGUCCGCUCGCCAAGAGCCCCGCUCUCCCUGGCAACAAGGAAAAAGAGGAGGACGCCUCGCCCGGCGGUCCUGCCUUUUCCCAGUUUAACAGCAGUAACAACAUCCUGAAGACAGGAUUCGAUUUCCUGGACAACUGGUAAACCCAGCAGCGGAGACGGGGUCGUUGGAUGACAUCACCACCACUCCACCAAUGACAUUACCAUCAUCCAAUCGCGUGCCCUGUUUUUUUUUUUUUUUGUUGUUUUUUUUUGUUUUUUUUUUUGUUCUUCUCGCCAAACACUGCCUGUCCUCUCGACUCCUUUACCGGACCGUUCCCACGCCAAUUGAAUCAGUAUCUGUUAGCUCAGUGUUUCCCAAGCUACAUAUCUUACAUUAGGGGGGGAAAAAAUCACUAAAUAUAUACUGAAAUGGUCUCGUCUCAGUUUACUCGCACAUUUACAUGCCGUGAGAUCUGUUGAACACAAAGUUAUUGUUCUGUUGGUUACAGGUUAAUUGUGCCUUCUGCCAUCUAGUGGAAGAUAAUUUAAUUCUGCUUGUCACUAUAUGUCGCUGGCAAAGAUAGAUGAACAAAGAUACAUGAAUGAUUUUUCCAACCAAUUAAGUGAAAUUGGAGAAUUUCCUGCAGCACAGUGGUUGGAAAUCCCUGAGUUAGCUUGAUUGUCGUUAGCAAGUGCCACCAUCAGCCUGCCCGUCAUUUUGUUUCUGUAGAGAGCGUUUCUCUUGAAGUGCAAAAACUUAAAAUAAAAACACGGCAACAACUUAAGCGCUCUUGUUUAGUAAUUAAUUAGCGGACUAGCACGUAACAAUUGCUUCUAGCUAAUGCAUGUAAAAAUGCCUUAAAGCCUUUGUUGUUUGUUAGCCAGAUGCUAUCUGCCGUCGUUAAUCUAAUGAGAACCAAUUUCUUUUAUAUGAAGAAAUAUGGAAACAAAAAUGUUACCACAUGAGGGUCAAAAUGGAUACAGUACAGCAAAGAGUCAUGGCAACAGCCUAAUAAACAACUCAAUGGCUUUUUUAAUUGCUAUUUUUAGCCCUCAUUUAAAUGUUACAUUGUCCUUCGUUUAGUAUUUAUCAGGUACUUUUGUAGCCUUGUGCUGACCAGUCACACGCGCGGCAGCAUCACGUCACAUGCUCAUCUGCAUCUUUUGUGUGUGUGCGCUCUGAGUGAUACACAAGACAUCUUUUCAAAGGCGGUGUUGUGAUGCGGUGUUGUGUCCUGAAUGCCACUAGAGAACAAUUUUACUGACAUACUAAUGCACUGGUUUACAGGACCACCAUGCAUGUGUGCUUGACUUGUACGCCGUGAUUUUGAAGUCACACAUUACAAUAAAGGAAAGUUAAAAAAAAUAAAAUAAA